CGGCGGAGAGGUUUCUAUCAUCGCCUCAGGCAAUCUCUCCAACUAUAAAGUCGCUCCCUGAACCUCAUCACCUGUAUAUGUAGGGUCUGCUCAGAGAAUACCGCCUACUUUUACUCCAAGUUGGAUCUAUCCUGGAAUAUUUCCCACCUCUCUUCAGGCGUUAUCCUCGCAAACACCGCGAACAACUUCCUCCCGUUCCAGCCCAUCUCCACGUUGAUUCGAAUCUCAGUGGCACGAUCCCCUCAGCUUCCCAAGUUUCCACGGGCCAACCCUCUUUCCGGUUUGCCGAUCCUCCGUUCUGUCGGACCGUUUGACUUGGUUAAGAUCACUCGACCGCGAUGCCCGACUUGUUAGAGCCGGUAGGGCCGCCAUGCUCUACGAAAGACGGUGCGAAUAGUUCUUCUGAGGUGGCUGCGAGCACACCGAAUUUUUCCGACCCUGGUCUGUCCAACGGCCGACACGCCAAACCGGACUUCCAUCUUUCACUUUCUACGAACGGGAACACAGCAGACAGUUCGACGGCGAGCACAGCACAAUCACCAGUAUCGUCUCCCCUGAUUUCCACCCCGGGAGGUUCCCCUUGGGACAGUAUCGAGUUCGACUUCGACGUACAAGAUCUUUCAGUUUUCGACCUUGUUGGUUCGGAUUGGGUCCGUGUUCUCCAAAACAAUUUCAAGCAGCAACGGCGUCGCAUCGAAGCAAGCGCAGUAGGGCGCAACUUGCGCUCCCGACAGUUAGCAGCCCUGCAGAAAAAAGUCAUAGAGCGUCAAUUACGAGUUCUCACUGGAUUAGUGGACCCACGGAAGAAAGCAACCUCAGCGGCUGCCGCCAAAAAUCGUGAUAAGAUUGCGUUUGUUGUUGGCGUGACGAACAUGUGGGUCACGGCCUUGUUGUUCGGAGUCGCCCCGUCGAUCAUGCCAUACUUCUACGUCGUGAAGGCGGCGGUGCUCUUGCUUGCACGUCUCGUCACCUACAAAAACAACAAAUGGCACUACUUUAUGUUCGACAUGUGCUAUUUCGUCAACUUCCUUCUAUUUGUUCUCAUAUUCUUCCGGGGAGCUCACACUUCGCUGUAUGCUGCGACAUGGGGAUUAGCAAAUGGACCGGUGCUCGUGGCGAUAACGGCAUGGCGGAACUCACUAGUGUUCCACUCACUGGACAAAGUCACAUCGCUGUUGAUUCAUUUCGAUCCGCCUUUGACCCUCUUCACAUUGCGAUGGGUGAUGAGCACGCCGAUCUCGACGGAGUGCCUUCAUCACCCGCUCGCCGCUCUUACCGAGUCGUCUCUGAACACGACCAUAGCUGGCGGACUCCCGUCAUCUCUCUCGGUGUUCCGUCUGCCGGCGCAUUUGGAAUGCCUUUCCGCCGAUCCCCCGCACUUAUCGUUUAUGACAUUGUUCACCACUUCCCUGGCUGUCUACAUGUUCUGGCAGGCGGCCUAUUGGGUUUUUGUUUGGACGAUGCGGGCGGACAAGAUUGCCGCCGGAUACGCGACCUCCACCACCUACAUGCUGCAGAAUCACAAAUCGGCCGUCGCCAAAGUCGCCAACAAAGUAGCACCGCCUUACCGACCGGCGGUUUUCAUGGGCAUUCAAUUCGUUUACACGAUGAUCACGAUCGCACCAACGUACUUGUUCUAUCAUUACAAGUGGCUCCAUGCUACCGCGCUCGUUGCCUCAUUGGCGAUGGCGACAUACAAUGGAGCGAACUACUACUUUGAAGUGUUCUCCAAAAAGUAUGUGGAAGAACUACUCAAGUUGGAGAAGGAGAUUGAGGCCGACGCUAAGCGAGCUGCUGCCGGCAUUCCGAGUUCCCCAAACCCUUUCACAACGGAUUCAUCGAGCUCACCAACGAAAGCGAAUGCGAAUGGGAAGGCCCAGACGGAGGUAGAUCCCACAUCGCCCCUUCUGCUUCCCGAAGCGUAUCCUGGCGCGUCCCCUGAUACGACACCGCUACCGCCCCCGGACCCUUUGGCGGUCAAGAAGGAUAUUUGAACCAGCGGGGCUUUCUACGUGUAGCUUACUUCCUUCGUCGACGUCUCGAUGCACAUCAAUGCAGCCCGUCCAGUAUAGCGUUCCGCUCCCUUGUAUAGAGAUACCCUCAAUACGUGCCGCAAUAGCAUAACAUCUUCUUCUGAGCUCGCUCCCUCUUACCAGGUCACCGCAUGGAGUUUUCGUUCGAUGUACCCAUUUUUCGUAUCAUGCCAAUUUUGUAAAUAUCAUCACAACGCACCUCAUCUUUUCCAGCGUGUGGAGACAAUGCCAACCUGGUUUCUCAGUUGGACGGGUUGAGUUCACUAACUCAUUGGCGAGCGAACUACCAUUAUGAUAAUGUUGCUCGAAGCAUAUCUACAUCCUCCCCCUUUUUGAUGUCUGCUU